AUGCCUUCGUCAUUCAAUUCCCGUGGCACUGGCGUUCUGUUACGGCGGGUAUCACACAAAUACGUGCCUCCGUGUGCAGAACUGCUGUUUUACCAGGACAACACGCGGAAGAUAGGAGAUGUGGUUUGGUGCGGCAUAAAAUGGUCUUCGCUUUCAACCAUCCCAGUCAGUAGGCUGCGGCAAGAUGGAGCUACAUCGUCUUGUUCCAACUCGUCCGCUAGGGGCUUUGAGCGCAGUAGCGCUUCUCUAGGUAGUCGGCAGACUCUUGCGUUCACAGGAUUCCUCUGCCCAGGGCCUGCUGCCAAGAGUAACAUCCGGGCCAGUUUAGGGUGGUGGCGGCCCUCGGUAUCUACUGGUCAAACUGAACAAAACAAGGCCAAAUCACCGAAUCCUCACUCAUCAUUUUUCUCCGUGGCAACAAAGAAGGGAAGCCUACAUGUAGAUAUCGGCUUCCAGGGCUGCCUCCGACCGUCUUCCUCUCCCACCGAAGGGCGGAAUAGGCCCUCGGCGUUGGGUGAACUUGAGCAAUCCUUGCGGAGCGAGGAAGUCCUGUUAUCCACACCGUCGACUAUCGUUUUCAACAGAGAAACCAUUAGGGAAGGCGAGGGGAAUAUUCAACUCAAAAGGGACGGCAUUUUUUCAGUCUCAGGGCUUUUUCCUGCCGAGGCUGAGGAUUCUGCGGCCAUGGUGUUCCGCGGAGUGGAUCCUGAGGCUACUGGAGCAAUUGCCCUCUUACGAGUACCCCGCACGGGCAGUGCGGCUUGGCCCGACAGCGGUGGUCCUCAAUGUGUACCUGUCUACCUCGCAGUCCUCCGAGGACAUAUGCCCACUGACGUCGUGCACUGCAGGUCGUCCGUGUGUAGCCCGUCUCCCGGCUCUGUGGAGUGGAGACUUGCCGGCGAAAGGACGGAGGGGAAAGCAGCCUAUUCCAUUUUACAGCCAAUUGUCCAAGCGACAUUCGAGGCGCUGCCAGUGACGCUUGUUGAGAUAAGGCUUGUUCAAGGUCCCGCCUCAGUGCCACGCCUUCACGCAGCGUCACUUGGGCAUCCUGUAGUGGGAGACACGAAGUACGGCACAGACCGGUACAGCCGGCGUCAUUCACCUUGCCAAAGCAGAUUAAUGCUCCACAGCUGGAUUCUCAAAAUAGGUCCUCCGUAUGUGCAGCAGGAGGUCCAGGUCGAGGCGCCCGACAAUCUAUCUUGUGAACUUGGUCUCAAGCGCCGCGGUGCGAGCGACAGUUUUUUGGUGGACGACUCUGUUGUCAAACCAAUGUUCGGAUUCUUCGAAAAUCCGAGGGCAACAACAAUAGAACCAAGUGCUUUCGGGGUCCGUGAGACAAGCCGUCAAGCAGGAAGCCCUAAAGGAAGAAGGCCACCCUCUGGAGGUGGUGAGGGCGUCGGCAUUUCACUUAAGGGCACCCUGCCAGCCGCUUGCGAGAUGGAGUUUCACGGGAUUCGGUCGAAGUACAGCGACAAUAACACCUACUGGGACAAGCUUGGGGGGUCGCACUGA